ACAUUUAACAACACUUGAAAAACCCCUCGGGUUCUUAAGUAAUUGUAUUUAGCGCGUCUUUUGCCAAAAUCAGGUAGAUUGCGGUUGGUUUCGUCGCGUGAAGUUCUAUUUAUAAUACAAAUAAGUGUCCGGCGGUGAACGAAUUUCUCGGGAAUCUUAACCAGGAACAAACGAAAAGAGGUGAAAUAUGUCUGACGAUCAGAGUCGUGGACGACGCCGUCCGUCUCGGGAAUAUCAUUCAUCUGAAUCGGGAAGUUCUCGUCGUCCCCGUGAACGUUCUACUUCGGAAGAACCGAAACCUAAAGUAAUUAAAACUGAACCUGAUUCCCCGGAUCGUUAUUCGAGAGCAUCAUCAUCGAAUGUCAGCGUUAAGCGUGAACCAGAAUCUCCUGAUCGUAGUCCAGUUUCUGAAACUAAUGUACCAAAUAUACCAAUUAAAAAAGAAGAUCCAGAUGGUGCUGAAGUUGAAAUUAAAAAAGAGAGGGCAUCCACAUCCAGGGCUGGUGGUGAUGGUGCCAAUCGUGGCCGUGAUCGUGUCAAUCGCUAUGAAGUAUCGCUGGUUUAUACCAAACCUUCUGAUGUCAUCAGUAAAACUGGUUCAUUGGGUAAAGAGAUUACUUUACAAACAAAUUAUUUCCGGUUGCUAACAACGCCGACAUGGAAAAUUCAUCAAUAUCAUGUUUCAUUUUCACCUGAAAUUGAAUUGAGACGUCUCAAGAGUGGCAUACUCUCGGAACAUCGUGAGCUAUUGGGUGGUUACCUCUAUGAUGGUUCGAAACUUUUUACCACCACCAAAUUGAAGGAGGAAAAGACCAUACUCCACACAAAAUCCAAGCAGGGCGAGAACUAUGUCAUUACCGUCAAAUAUGUUGGUGUCAUUUCCAUGACCGAAUGGCAGUCAUUGCAAAUUCUCAAUUUGAUUUUGAGACGUUCAAUGGAGGGCUUGAAACUUCAACUUGUUGGUCGUAACUUUUAUGAUCCGGUUGCUAAGAUUGAUUUACGUGAAUAUCGUAUGCAAUUAUGGCCGGGUUAUCAAACAUCGAUCCGACAACAUGAAAAAGAUAUUUUAUUAUGUGCCGAAAUUGCCCACAAAGUUAUGCGUACCGAAACUGUGUACGAUAUCUUUAGACGCUGCCAAGAAAAUACCCGAGAUUUCCGUGAAGAUUUUAAACGUCACAUCAUCGGUUUAACAGUCUUAACAGAUUACAAUAACAAAACGUAUCGCAUUAAUGAUAUUGAUUUUCACAAAACACCACGGGAAACGUUUAGCAUGAAGGGUGAAAAGGUUACCUUUAUGGAUUAUUACUACAAGAAAUACAACAUCCGCAUUCGUGAUCCCCAACAACCGCUAUUGUUAUCAAAAGCCAAGGAACGUUCAUUGCGCGGCGGCGAAAAGGAAGUAGUCAUUUUAAUUCCUGAACUUUGCCGUGCCACAGGUCUCAAUGACAGUAUGCGUAAUAAUUUCCAACUUAUGCGCGCCAUGGCCGACCACACCCGCAUGAAUCCAGACAGACGUAUUGAACGACUGCGUACAUUUAAUGAUCGCCUGCAACAAACCGAAGAUAGUAUGCGCAUUUUAACGGAUUGGAAUAUGAAGCUGGAUACACGUUUGGUUGAGGUCAAAGGUCGUAUUUUGGAUCAACAAAAAAUCGUCUUCAGAGAUCACAGAAAAGAACCAUCUGGUGAGCAAGCCGAUUGGACCCGCCAUUGUCGCAGCAUGGGCAUGUUUACAACCCCCUCCCGUGGUUUAGAACGUUGGGCUGUAAUUGCAACGAAUCGUAACUCCCGAGACCUUCGUAAUUUCGUCGAAUCUUUAAUUAGAGCGGCCAAUGGCAUGAACAUGAGAAUCGACAGACCGAGAGAAGUCAUGAUCUAUGAUGAUCGUAACCAUAGUUUUAUUCAAGCCAUGGAAGAUUGUUGCCGACAAGAUCCUCAGUUAAUUAUGUGUUUGGUGCCAAACAACAAUGCCGAACGAUAUGCCUCCAUAAAGAAAAAAGGUUGUCUCGAACGUGCCGUACCCACCCAAGUGAUAACACAAAAAUCCGCCAGUAAUCAACGUGGUCUUAUGAGCAUUUGUACAAAGGUAGCCAUACAAAUCAAUUGCAAACUUGGCUAUACACCAUGGAUGAUCGAUGUACCGCUGUCGGGUCUGAUGACAAUCGGUUAUGAUGUGGCCAAAAGUGCACGUGAUAAAUCAAAGGCAUAUGGCGCCCUGGUGGCUACUAUGGACCUGAAAGUCAAUGCCACAUUUUACAGUACUGUGGCCGAGUGUAGCUCUCAUGAUGUUUUGGCCAACAGUUUGUGGCCCAUGAUGACAAAGGCAUUGCGUCAAUACCGCAAAGAACACGACAAAUUACCCAAUCGUAUACUCUUCUAUCGAGAUGGUGUUGGUGAGGGUUCUCUCAAACAGGUGUACGAACAUGAAGUAAAGGAUAUUGUGGAGAAACUUGAGCAGGAAUACAAGAGGGCAAAAAUGGAAAAACCACCCAUGUUUGCAUAUGUUGUUGUCACCAAGUCCAUUAAUACCCGAGUCUUUGCACGUGGCCGAAAUCCUCCUCCCGGCACUGUGGUCGAUGAUGUCGUCACCCUGCCCGAACGUUAUGAUUUCUAUUUGGUAUCACAGUCGGUGCGCCAAGGUACCGUGGCACCCACCAGCUACAAUGUGGUAUACAGCAAUAUUCGUCUUACCCCGGAUCAAAUGCAAUUGUUGACCUACAAAAUGACCCAUUUAUAUUAUAAUUGGUCUGGCACUACCCGAGUGCCGGCUGUUUGUCAGUAUGCCAAAAAAUUGGCAUCAUUGGUGGCUUCGAGUUUAUAUCAACCACCCCAAAAUGCUCUGGAAAAGAAACUUUAUUAUUUGUAAGAACUCCUCAGCCCUGCCAGGGAUGGACGUUUUUUUAUUUCAUUAACCACUCAUUUGAAUCUACUCAUUUAAAAAAUCUCAAAUUUAAUAUUUACUACUUACUUGUUUUAUUUAGAUAUUAAGAAUUUCUAAAAUUUUAUUUUUUCUUAUCAGAACGGCAACCAGUCACAGUCAGUCAUUCAGUAAAUCCAUAAUCCUAACUGUGUUCAAACAGUUUAAUAAUCUAUUUCUCUUUCGUUGUCCUCUUUCUUUUCAUCUCUUAGCCAUACUUAGCCGCUAAUACAAACAUAGUUUUCUUUAAUUAAAAAGAAAAAAAAAUAAUUAAUUUUGUAUCUUUGUUUAAAGUAUAUACGGUGAUAUGUACGUGUAUAAACAAUACUAUGCAUAUUGUUUGAUGUCGUCUACAUAUUUGUAACAAGUUUGAAUUACUUCUCUCCCACAUGCAAACUGAGAAAAAAAGUUUAUAAAAAGCAAUGAAUGUAGAAAGUCUUGAUAAAAAUCAUUUUUUUUUUCGUUGCCGCAAGUUUUUAUUUCAUUGUCGAAGAAAAACCCAAAGGAGAUAGUUGAUCUUUGUUAUCAACUCGUAAGUUUUUAUGUUGUCGAACUGAAUGAAAAAUAAGAUGAAAACUAAAUUUAGUCUUCUUUC